AUGAAGCGGUUCGGGCAGAAAGUGCUCCAAAGGACGCAAAGCAAGUCCUCGAGGAAAAAGGAAUUGAAGGAGGGAACAGCAUCGCCAAACUCUGUUGGCUCAUCGAGGGAAGCCACUCAAUCACCAGUCCUGACCCCAUCGUCGUCUACAUCGACCUUGAACGACAUUCGCAACAAACCCUUGCCGCCCAACAACACAUCCCACGAUGAGCACUCGAACGCCGCGCUCGGCGCUCAGGCCGGGCUGGUAGGUACUGCCCAAAAUCCCGGCGUGCCGGACAGAUUCAGCAGCAUAGGCGGAUCGCCGCAGGGCGCCAAUGGAGGCGCCACGCCCGCUAGGCAUGGCCCUCUUCCCCCAACAGUGAUAAUUAGCCCAAGCGCUCCGCAUAUACCCCCGCCUGGUGCGGCCGAGACCAUGCCGCAUGAUCUCGCUCCUCCGAAAGCUGGACAGAAGUCGCUCAUAUACGAUCGCCUGCAUCAGGGUCCCAAGGACGUGCUCGAGGGACCCAAGACACCGAGGCGGCAACACUCGUCGCGCUUCGACAUCUCUGUCCACCGCGAGCUAGAAAAGCUCCCAGGCUUUCACGAGGUGCCGCCAAAUCGCCGGCAGGAACUGUUCAUGCAGAAGAUUGAGCAGUGCAAUGUCAUAUUCGACUUCAAUGACGCUAGUGGCGACAUGAAGUCGAAAGAAAUCAAGAGACUGGCACUCCAUGAACUAUUAGACUAUGUCGCUAACAACCGCCAAGUCAUCACGGAGUCAAUGUAUCCCCGUGUUGUCGAGAUGUUUGCAAAGAACCUGUUCCGUCCCAUUCCGCCCCCCAUGAACCCCCAGGGCGAGGCGUUUGAUCCCGAAGAGGAUGAACCAGUCCUGGAGGUUGCUUGGCCGCAUAUCCAGGUCGUCUAUGAGUUCUUCCUCCGUUUCAUCGAGAGCCAGGACUUCAAUACCAACAUUGCGAAAGCAUACAUCGAUCAUAGCUUCGUCCUUCAGCUUCUUGAGCUGUUCGAUUCCGAGGAUCCUAGAGAACGAGACUUCCUCAAGACGACCCUGCACCGCAUCUAUGGCAAAUUCCUGAACCUCCGGUCCUUUAUUCGCCGCUCCAUCAACAAUGUAUUCUUCCAGUUUACCUACGAGACGGAGAGAUUCAAUGGGAUUGCUGAGCUUCUGGAGAUUCUCGGCUCCAUUAUUAAUGGAUUUGCGCUGCCCCUGAAGGAAGAGCACAAACUCUUCCUCACGCGAGUUCUGCUCCCUCUCCACAAGGUCAAAAGCCUGAGCAUGUAUCAUCCUCAGCUGGCGUACUGCAUCGUGCAGUUCCUUGAGAAAGAUGCAUCCUUGACAGAAGAGGUUGUGCUUGGUCUCUUGCGCUAUUGGCCCAAAGUCAACAGCACCAAGGAAGUCAUGUUCCUCAACGAGGUGGAAGAUAUCUUUGAGGUCAUGGAUCCGGCCGAGUUUGCCAAGGUCCAAGAGCCUCUGUUCCACCAGCUCGCCAAGUCGGUUGCGAGUCCUCACUUCCAGGUCGCAGAGAGAGCUCUGUACUUCUGGAACAACGAGUAUUUCUGCAACCUGGUCAGCGACAAUGUCGAGAUAAUCCUUCCCAUCAUGUUUGCGCCGCUUUAUGAGAACUCAAAGGGUCACUGGAAUAGGACGAUUCACGGCAUGGUCUACAACGCGAUGAAGUUAUUUAUGGAGAUUAAUCCCCAGCUUUUUGAUGACUGCUCGCACGAAUACACGGAACAACAGAAUAGCGCGGCAUCAAGAGAAGCUACACGGGAGAGAAAAUGGGCUGCCAUCACGGAACAGGCCAACCAGAGAAAGCUAAAUGGCUCAGCCAGUGCCCCUGGUCCGGGAGCGACGCGCUCAACUCCCAGUGCGAUGCCCAGGGUUGACGAAGUCGAUACUGCCGAGGACAAUCAGAAGAGGCUAGAUUCGCUGAAGCUUCAGGACAGCGAUCGCCGGGAGCGCCGACCCAUAAUUCACGAACGACAAAAUUCAGUAGGCUCGUCUAGAAGCCAGCGGUGA